CAAGUGCGCACUCAGUUGUUUAUUCACCAGCAAGAAGUGCGCAAUGAAACCGGCUGCUCUCCUCCUCACUUUGAUCCUGGCCACCGUCCUAAUCCUGGAUGGAGGUCAAGCGAACCCAGUCGGUCCGGAUAUCCCCGCCGAUGACGCCAACGACCUGGUCAGCGACUUCGAUGAGAACUCCUCCGAGAAGGCGGUGCGAAUCGUUUCGAUCAAGGUGCGGCACAUCCAGACGGACCCCGCCCUCUGCGCCCAGCGCUCCAAGCACCACCCGCACCACCCACAGUGCCACAGCUACUGCAAGCGGCAAGGCCACUGGGUGGGUCAGUGCAAGAAGGACACCUGCCAGUGCUUCUCCUAGAACAAAAGUACCAGCAGGACAGUAAAACAAAAAACAAUCUUUUUUUUCAUCAGUUUUAAAAUGUAUUAAACCGAGAAACAAUUCUUUUUUUUUUUUAACGCCAGACAUGUGUAAGCAAAUGCAUUCAAUGCUUUCCAAAAAUGUGCAAAUAUAUAUUUAACCGAUUCAAAUGAGAGUUCAUUAAUGUGUGCUUAUUAAGUAUCCAACAGAGUUACCAAACGAAAGGUAAAAAUAUUAAAUAUCAAAAAUAAAACACUUUGAAAAGGCUUUAUUAACAAGUGAAAUUAAUUUAUUAAAAUAAAAACGAAAAUAUUCUUUACAAGUAGGUAAUAUUAUCCAAAGUUUGUAGGCUUACAAACACAAUUGUUUUUUUUGCGUUUCUGUGUCACAAAAAAUAAAGUUGUCAAUUUAAAUUCCAAAACUUUAGAAAUAGAGUUGUGUAAAUCUUAUAAAAAAAUAUAAAAAUAUAAAUACAAAAAAAAAUA